AAACAGACUUUAUACCCAUCUCUCGGCUACGCUGUACACCCGGAACUUUCACCUCUCCGUGCCAGAUUUGCACACACACACACCACACUACUAGUCGGAACGAAAAGCACACCGUACACUAUUUUCGCCCGACAAUUCAUUCCGUCGCACACCGAAAUUGCCUAUUCAGUUCAGUCCGUUGGCGCGUGUGACUACCCAACAGUGUUAUGGUGUGUAGGCAAAACCGGCACAGUUUCGGUUCCGCAGGAUCUUGGCACAUAUCAGUGAAAAAGAAAAAUGAAUAACGAUACGCUUACGCACGAACAAAACGUGUUAACCAGUGAGGAUGACUGGGUUCUUGGGAUUCCGAACGCCAACGUCAACGCUACAGGAUUAUUGGCCGAAGACUUAGAAGACGCAGGACUGACUGAAAUUCAAACAGUGAUACUAGCAUGUAUAGCAACGAUAAUACCGUUGUUUUUGGGUUUACUGCUUAUAUUAGGUGUCAGGAUGAUGUGGAAAAAGUACAAACACCACAGCACAAACAACGGCUAUGACAAUAACGGUCUACGCCGUGAGGACAGUUGUGAUGCCGUUAAAAGUUCAAGCUUUAUGCAAAGUGCUGAAGAGCUUAAAACGAGUGAAUCUCAAUACUCAGUGCUGAUGCCAGACGAAACUUGCUGUUAUGCCGCACCACAGCCACUUUACAACAGUCCACCCAAUAAUCGUUUCGGCGACACCAACAAAACCAAUUUAAACGGCAGUAUAAUUACAUUAACUAUGAAAAAUAAUCACCUCAUAGUUGAGACAGAAGAGAGAGUACCGGGAGUAUGCACGGUAGCAACUGCGGCGGUCGAAGCUGGUGAACAAAAGUCAAUGGACUACGAGUACGACGACGACGAAUUCGACUUGGAAGCGGAAAUGUUGCGUCGCGAGUUCCGAGAGGCUUCACUGAUGGCCAACGGUAACGGAUCUUGUUUGGACUCGACGUCCACCGCGGUCAUAGCGCCUAGUAGUGAGACUGAAGUGGACCCAACAACAAGGCCUGCAGGUGCGCUUCAGCCUCAGCAGCAUUCCAGUGGCGGUUCGUCGUCGGCCGACUCUCGAGCCCCAGAAAGGGCUUACGCUUACGGCAAUCAGUCCGAAUACAGCACCGGUACGAUUGGAAAACACAAAGGCACUGCCAAACCUAUAACUCCAAGCGAUCACACCGAUACUGUUAUUCCUGACGAAGAAGAACAUUUGGCGGAACAGCGGUUGUUGGGAAACGGAGUCGAUGCUCUUGCAGAAAACGAAGAUCAAAAUAUUUGCUCAUUUAAUCAAGUCAACGGCAUUGCAACUGCGGUAAAUUCCGCCGAAUAGUGUCAAACGCGAUAUUUUGUUAUUAGUUAUUACUAUUAUUAGCUAACGGCGAUUAGUGUUAUUUAUCGGUGUAAAACUGUGUUGUGAACAAAGUAGUUACUGUUUUGUUUUAGCGGCGGAAUAGCAAAAAAAUCAAUAUUAUUUGAUUAUUAAAAUUCUUGGCGUUCCAUAAAAAAAAUACAUUUAUUUAAAACUACAGUACACCUUUCAUAAAAUCUACAAGAUAAUAGCUCUCCUACUUCGAUCUUGAUAUUUGUAUCGACCGUUUCGGUGUUAUUCCCCACUUUCAUAAAUUAACACUUUAUUUUCAAUUAAUACAUCAAUCAUCAUUACCCUCGUAUACAGUUCAAUAGUAUUCGACAGAAAAAAACUCGAAAAAUUUAAAAAACUCAUAAGCAUUUACAAAUACCAUUUAUUUGUUAAAAUUAAAUUUCAUAAUCCUCUCCCUGUGUAUAUCAGCAUUAGUACCGUGGACAUAUUUAAUGUUAUUAAUAACAUGAAAUAAAUUUAAAAGUUUUAAAAACUGUUAAAACUCAAAUAUUUUUCUGUUUUGUUUUUGCGUACUACGCUGUUCGAUAAUAGCAAAAAUAUAAAAACAUUUCUCAUUGUUAAUUUAAGCUUUGCAACAAAAUACAUUAUUUUCCUUAGUUUUAUUUAUUUGUGUUAUAAAUUAAAAAUUAUCAUAUAAAAAUAGAAAAAAUUAUACAUAAAUCACACUUUUCUUUGUCCAUAUUUAAAUUAAAUUGCCGUUUUUUUUAAUAAAUUAAAACUUUUCUAAAUAAAUAGUGUUGUGACGCAAUAUUAAACGAUUAUUUUAGCAUUUCGACUAUUAUGUUAUUCUUUUGUCGCAAAAAAAUAUUAAAAUUCAACCUGAUAUCAGUAUUGAACCGUCCCAAACGCUUUUAUUAAUAAAUUGAACUUUAUUAUUGUAAUUUAAAAGGGUACUUAUUGUAACUAAAAUGAAUAAAUAACAAAAGCUGGCGUAAAAUAAAAUGGAAAUAAAUUUGUUGUAUUUGUCUGUGUUCCAAUAACUAUUUUUAUUUACAGUCACUCAAUAAAAAAUAGUAUUUUAAAUAAUUUAAAUGCUGUAGUAUUCGUUUGAAUAACGUUAUAUACUGAAUUUCUAUAAAUCAUUGAUUUAUAAUUAUACUGAUGACUAUUAUACUUUGAGUUUAAUUUCUCAAUUUAUAUAUUCCCUAAGAGGCCCCAAAAAAUAUAUGUCUUGACUUAAUUACGGAUCGUAUCAUUUUUAUCGGUUAAAAGUGAGAGAAUUAAAAUAGCACGUGUCGAAAAAUUGUUCCUAUUUUAAUGAUAAUAACAUUAAAUAGUCAAUAAUGGUAGUAUGGGUGCGAUCCCUAAAACAAUUUAUCUAUUAAUUUUUAGUGAAAUAUUUAAGUUGGAAUAUUUUCCGACUAUUAUUUUAAGUGAAAAUAAAUUAAGCAAAACAGCCAAUUAUUUUGGAUUCACAAUUAGAUAACUGAAUCUUUCAAGCUUUGUAGAAAAUCAAAUAUCUGUGAAAUAUUUGUAUCGAUUAAGUUUUUUACAAAUUAAUUAAAUUGUCAUAGGAUUUGUAAAAAGUAAAAUAAUUGUGUAAAAAAAUCAUUUCAUUCACUUUUUCGGAUAUUUUUUUUUUAAUUUUUACAAUUUUCUAUGAACACAUUUUUGUAUAUAACUUUUACUUUGCUACUAUUUUAUAAAUAAACAUAAUUUUUUAUUGUAUUUAAGAAUUUGAUAGUCUUACAUAAUUUUUACUAUAAUUUAUAGAUAAAUUACAUUAACGAAUCAAUCCGAGUCAAAUCAAAUAUAUUUUUAAGGUGUAAUAUAAUUUUCUUUUGUACCUAAAAUAUGUAAACAGAUGCAUUUCGCUAUCGUCAUAAGUUUUCAGAACUUAAUGUUGUGUAUCAAUAGUUCUCGUUAAAUUUACACGAAAAAAGCAAUACAUUAUCUGUUUUAUAACCAUCAUAAAUUAUACACAUUCCGCCAUUGAAUAAAAAUUUAGAGGAUUUAACUUCUGUGCAAUUUGGCGUGUAAUUUUCACAAAUUAUUUUAAAGUGGAGAAAAUGGCAGAAUUAUAUCCACUUAAAUCGCGUAUAUGUAUUUCAUUUGAUGUAAUUUUUAUAUUUGCGUUAUUGUAAUACCUAUUAAAAAUAAAAAACAAAAAUAUUUAACUCGAUUAAAACAACAAUUCUUUAUCGUAUUUUUUCUUAAUUUUAAUCGACUGAUAUAUUGAAUAAUUUCAUUAAAUCAAAAUAAGUAAAUGAAAGAUUAAAGAUAAUACAAUUACUUGAUUUUGAAAACUGAAUUUAUGUUAAAUACGAUAGUUGAUCUUGAAUUUAUGUGCCACUUGGUUAUGUUUUAAAAUUUAAUUGUUAUAAUUUGUAACUGUUUUUAAUUAAACUUCUUUCAGUAACUGUCUCAUUUAAAAUCCGUCUAUUUAUAUUUAUUACCGUCCAUUAUUUUUUGUUAAGAAUCUAUUUUGUUCUUCGUAACUUAUGCUCAAAAAUGUUUAUAAAACAGUUAUUGCAGAUAAAUUAUACAUUUGGGUAGUCGUAUAGCUUUUUUUUAGAAAUAUUUUUGUUUAAUUAGAUUAUUUAUGUGAAAACUUAAGUUUUAUUUAGAAGUACAAUAUUUCAUCAAUAAAUAUGGUGCAAGUAGAAUAAUUAUCUUAUAUGUUUUGUAUAACAUGAGUAUUUCAUAAUAAAAAUUCUGGAUUGUUUUUAAUUGUGUAAAAUUAUUUGUACAUGUAUAGAUUUUGCUGUGCCGUCUUAUUUUCUUAGUCUAUUCCCUAAUAGAUUGUACAUUGACAAUAUUAUCGUUUUGAAAAAAAAUUAUUUUUAUUAAUUUUUCAAACUUGUCAAAUAUAUUAUUAUAUAUAAUUUCACACGUGUACUCGUUGUCGCAUAUUCACGAAUAAAUUAAAAUAAUCUACUCAAUUUGGCCAUUUCAAAAGUAUUAUUCAAAAUAUAAUUAAAAAAAAUUUCAAAUUAAAAUAACAUGCAAGCUCAAUGUCACAGAACCC